CGGCGGCUCCUCUCGCGGGGAUUGGCUGUUUGGCGGUGUUGCGGCUGAGCUCGUGUGCGGCAGCGGUGUCGGUGGCAGCGGCGGCGGCUGCAGCAAAGCGUUUGGCGCGAUGUCUCACACCAUUUUGCUGGUACAGCCUACCAAGAGGCCAGAAGGCAGAACUUACGCUGACUAUGAAUCUGUGAAUGAGUGCAUGGAAGGCGUUUGUAAAAUGUAUGAAGAACAUCUGAAGAGAAUGAAUCCCAACAGCCCUUCCAUCACAUAUGACAUCAGCCAGUUGUUUGAUUUUAUUGAUGAUCUGGCAGAUCUCAGCUGCCUUGUUUACCGAGCUGAUACCCAGACAUACCAGCCUUAUAACAAAGACUGGAUCAAAGAGAAGAUCUACGUGCUGCUUCGUCGGCAGGCCCAGCAGGCUGGAAAAUGAGGUGGAAGCAUUAGGGGGCUGGGGGUGGGCUUGGAACACAGGUGUGUACAGCGUGCUGUAGUGGAAGUUUUGUAUUAUAGUAAUCCUGUUUCCAUUUUGUUACACUCUAGCCAAGAUUGAAUGUACUAGAUGAAACGUGAGAAUCUUUUUCAUCGGAAACCUCCAUUGCCCCUUUUUUCUUUCUUUUUUUUUUACUUAAACAUUUUUAUAAUUUAGUGGAAAUUGUUCUUUGUCAAUUAAUGUUAGUUUCUAGUCCUUCAAACCAUUCAUAUCUGGUUUAUAACAUUCACUGAACUAACCCUUCUAGAUGGGGUGGGGGUUGGUGACACCAUUUAGUUAUGUCCUCCAGAUAAGGUUUUAGUGAAAAAUAAAUGUUCUUUAGUUA